UCCUGUGCUGCCGUUGUUUUCACUCACAAAUGCAGUUGCGUAUGCUGAUUACUGCGCACUGCACCGGGAGAAGGCACAUGAGUGUGAGUGUGUGUGUCUGACAGCGAGACGCGGCAAACAAAGAAGACAGAGAGACGGGAAGCCAUCGCUGGACCUUAGCCACGACCACCGGUGGUGCUGACACGUGUCUCGUCCAUUCCAAGAUGCCGCUAGGGAUUGAGUCUGUCGGACGUGCCAUGAUGCUUCGUGCUCGACGAGGACUUUAUGCAGGGAAGGUGAUCCGGUUUGGCAACAAAGUAAGUGAAGAGGGAGGAAAUAAGACACGGCGGACAUGGAAGCCUAACAUUCAUUGGAAACGCGUCUACAGCUGUACAUUGGACCGGAUGAUCCGGUCCAAUUUUGUGUACGUGUAAAUUUGGUGUCAUCAACGUCCAGGAGGGGAUAAAGAAAGUGUGGGAUGGUACACAGAGAAAAUUGGUAAGCGCCCUGGACAGGGUGGACACAACRAGCACAUGUAAAGAUGCUCUGAAUUUAACACCAGACUACUUUCGCCUUUGACGGAGAAGGAUGUAAAAGAACAGGUGGCAUGUAUUUGCUUGACGAAAGCAUACACUGAUGUUGAGGCAGAGGAGGGGUAGAAGGUAGGAAACGUGAGUGGUGGUGGUGUUUUCUUUUUUCUUUCCUUAUUGUAAUCCCUUCUUCUCCCCCCCCCCCUCCUCUCCUUAAAUCACAAAAAUGCAACUUAAGAAUGAUGAUAAAUUGCAAACCUUACU